AUGAAAAAGCUAUCGGGCAUCGAGUUGAGUUUGCACGUUAUCGCGGCCAGCUUGGGCAUAUACGCCCCUUGGAUCAAGUUUACGAUGGACUCUCAGAUUCUCAAAGGUCAUGGGAAAUGGGAUGUUUCGCACCUUUGUGGACAUGGUCACUGCUUCCGCCCGUCCCAUCUAGUGAUCGAGAUGAGCAGCACCAACCAGCGUAGGCGGGACUGCAAAGGUGGCGAGACAUGUCGAUGUGGUUACAGGGAGGGCACGCCUAAAUGCUUCGGGCACGAGGAAUGCCCGGAUACCUGUCCCGUGCGUUUGCGAAUGUUGCUCAAGAAGAAGUGGAAGAACGAUGAUUGGGAGCGAGCGCUCGACAUACAGGAAGCUGGUGGUGCUAAAGCCAAGGUUCGAUGUCGGGUGGUAGACCCCCGUUGGUACAGAGAUCUCAUUGCGUACGAAGAGACAUUGGCAAACCCUAUUCGAUCGUCCAAGAGGAAGAGGAAAGCGAAUGACGAACCCGCGGAGGAGCCCAAGAAGAAGGCUAAUACAGCCACAACAAGGGCGCAACGUCGGGUUUCCAACAGGAAAACCAAGUUGCGACGCCACUGA